GAACAAUAACUCAAAAAUGCUUUCACCAAUUUCCAAAAGACUGGUCAAUUAUUUAUAUCUAUUGACUUCGGCUCUCCCUUGCAAAUAUUAAAAAAAAAUAUUCUUGAAAACUUAAUAUCAUGCAGUAUCAAUUUUACUUUCGCUUUUACACAUUUUACGAAAAAUUCAUGUACCUUUAACAAUUUAGGUGUUAUAGCUUGUCAUACCGGUUGACAAACAUUGACAGUUAUAAGAAUACCUACCAUAAACAUUCACCUGUCUAUGCAAAUGGAGUGUGCCAGGUGUCAGAGGUCAGGGAUAGCUUUAAAACGAUGCACUGGGUGUUACAUGGUUUCUUAUUGUUCAACGAUUUGUCAAAGAGCAGGAUGGGUUGAACAUAAGUUAAAAUGCAAUAAAACAAAUAUACAAACAACCAAGAGCGGAAAGAAAAUAUCUACAGAAAUUGAACCAACUGAAUGCUUUAAUACAUCGAUUGAUGGCGAAAAGAUAGAAAAUGAGGGAAAUGAAUCACUUACAAACCCCAAAAAACAGACUAUGAAAUCACAAACCGAGAACCAGAAAUUGCAGUCAACGAUCAAAACUGAAAGUAAAAAUGAUCAAAAUACAUGCUCUGUUUGCGGUGAAAGUACCGAUAAGAAAUGCGCAAAGUGUACAAAGGUGUUUUAUUGUUCAAAGAUAUGUCAGAAAAAUGAUUGGAAAAAUCAUAAAUCAAUAUGUCUAUAUCGGGAAGGCAACUCCGAAUAUCGCUCGUCUUUUAGUACAGGGCCCGGGUUUUCAACAUUUAAUCCGUUCUCGUCAUUUCCACAGCAAGAAAAUCAAUCCAUGACUGCAAUUACCACUGAAGAAAAAUUCCAGAGAGCUAUCAAACUGGCACAAACUCGGUUCCCACACCAAAAGAUCUUAUAUUUGCUAGGAGAAGUUCAAACUGAAAACAUAUUCUUCCGACCACAAACACAUGAUGUUCUUGUUGCUUUUAUUCCCAGAUAUCAUCAUUACAGACAACGACGUUGUAUCUAUAUACAGGACAAAAAUGGAGAGGAAACAUAUGUCGCCUUUUACCUAGACUAUGACAAUCCAUUUCCCUUCUUCACCUGGACCAGUAUAAAACCAGGACGUUUUAUAACAAUUUACAACCCGUUUAUACACUACUUUAGGGACGGAUCUGUCGGACUCCGAAUUGAGGAACCCUCUACGAUUUCAAUCAUUGACGUAUAAAGGAACAGUGAUAAUGUUUUAUAAGCAUUCAGAUAAUAAAUAGAAAUCAUCACAUUU